GCGACGAACAGACAAAGUUGCUGCACCGCUACAUCGUAGAAGCAGACAUGAGCGACAUUGCAAAGAUCGUGUCCAUCAAGACUGGCACAGUCAAGCGUCUCACCAAAGACUAUGAAUAUAGCAAGAAGGAGGUCACGACAGAGCAAGAACGUUACGAGAAGCUCAAAGCCAAUGGCGGCGACGAGUACGAGCUCAGAGCACAACAGAAGGUUGUCGCAGAUGCUGAGCAGAUGAUUCCUGACUACAAGAAGCGCCUCGCCAAGGCAUUGGAAGAGCUGGAGGAGUUCACGGACUCGUCAGACCCCGCCGUCACAAGUCUCAAAGAGCUCUCUGCAGCCAAAGACGUCGCAGCAGCAGCUAAAGCCAUCGUAGGAAACGCAUGAUAUACGAACACAAG